AUGCGUCCGCAAAUAAUCAAUUAUUCGUUGACGGAAAUCGUGAUAUGUUUCAUCGUCGUCGGAUACGCGGCUGUGGAUUUGGUUCCUUGUGAUAAAACUCGCAGAAUUUUCCAAACAUCAUGGGGUAUAAUAAGCGAUGGACCUCAAGGCCUGAACUACACCCAGGAUAGCCAUUGUGAAUGGUUGAUCAAGGCCAAUAGUAGCAACAAAUUCAUCACAUUAAAAUUUCGUAGCAUGGGAACUGAGUGUUCUUACGAUUAUGUAUUUGUGUAUGACGGAGAUUCGUUUAAUUCUCCGUUAUUAGGUAGCUUUAGUGGAAAGACUGAACCCCAGGAGGUCAUUGCAACUUCUGGUUAUAUGUUAAUUUUACUGUACAGUGAUACUAAUUAUGUGUUAGAUGGAUUUAGAGCAGAAUACUCAAUUACUGACUGUCCCAAUAACUGCUCUAGUCAUGGUGUGUGUUAUGAUCAUAGAUGUGUUUGUGAGACAGAUUGGGGCGGGUAUGAUUGUUCCAGAAAGUUGUGUCCAGAUCACUGUGGAAGGCAUCUUAGUCAUGGACACUGUGAUCAAGGACAGUGUGUAUGUAGAUCUGGAUACUCUGGUCAGUCUUGCAAUUUGCAUGAGUUUGAUCCCACUGGGAAUAAAUGGCAUUGGUUGUCACAUUCCGAAGGAGGCUUACAACCUCGUGCAGCACACUCUGCUGUAUAUAUAGAAAUGACUGAUGCUUUAUAUGUUUUUGGAGGAUAUAAUCUCAACACAGUACUUGGUAAUUUAGAAAUAUAUAGUUUCCAGUCUAGUAAUUGGAGAGAUGAGCAUGGAGUAAUCAUUCCAGACAAGGGCCUUCUAAGCCCUAUAGAACCAAGUUCUAUAGCUAAGUUAAUAGAACAUGCAGGGCCUGAUUGGGAACAAAAAUGGGGACUGAAUAGCAGGACGUCAUUCCUAAGAAACCUUCUCUAUGCAGCUACUGAAAAUACUACACAUGUAAGAAGAAGACAAAGGCAUUCUAGAGUACCAGAAGAACAAAAACCUCCACCCAGAUAUGGUCAUUCAGCUUGUGCUGUGUCUCAAGGUUUUGUGCUUUAUGGUGGAAAACUCCAAAAUGGCAGCUUAGCUAAUGAUCUCUGGUAUUAUAAUGUUCAAACUAGGCAAUGGCAGCUAAGAGCGAGAUUAACAAAUUUAAUACCCCCUAGAUUGACAAGACAUACUUUGACUUGUGCUAAUAAUGUGAUAUAUUUAUUUGGAGGUAGUACUGAAAAUGGAGAAUUUUCCUCAGCUUUAUACAGUAUUGAAUUAUUAUCAGAUUUAGAUGAAUCGUGGCAAGAAAUUAAACCUAGAGGAGGGAAACAAUUAGAUGUUAGAGUAGUAGCACAUACAACAACAUAUCAUCCUCAUACAAAUUCGCUUAUAAUAUAUGGUGGAAUUGUUCCUGGAGUAGCCAGGUUUUCAAAAUUAUCUGAUAAGAUGUUUGUUUUUCAAUUGGAUCAUUUGCAUUGGACUGAAAUUCAUUAUACAAGAGAAGCCUUGAGAGAGAAAUUUGUGCCAAGGGAAAGAGCUUUUCACACAGCAAAUAUUUUUGGAAAUUAUCUGAUUGUUUUUGGGGGAUACUCCCACAGACAUAAUAAGGAAGAAAUAUGCUAUGAUAAUCAAAUGUAUUUGUACCAUUUGGGUUGCCAUACUUGGGUUAAUCCAGAUAUAUUGGGAAAGACUAAUGAUUCUAGAUAUCCUAAACAACAAGGAGUCUUUGCACAUGCGUCGUCCGUCCGUAAUGAAAAUACUCUCCUCUUGGUAGGAGGCUAUCACGGGAACGUCAACGGCGAUCUCCUAGCGUACACGGUACCACCGAUGGUAGCAGCCCGCAAAGGGGAACCCUACGAUCCAGAAGCAGCUUGCGUGCGUCACAAAAAUUAUGGAGAAUGUUCAGCCGAUCCAGAAUGCGGAUGGUGUUCCGCCGACGAACAAUGUUAUGGAAGAACCAUUGGAGCGAAUUGUACAACGAAUCUGCAGACCACUCGGUGUCCUGGGGUGUGCCCGGCGUUGGCAGAUUGUCAUUCUUGCUUGAUACACGGGCAUCCAUUGCCUCAGUACAUGCAGAUUGUAUCGGCAGCACACAAAUUAGGUUUAGAAGAAUGUACAUGGUGCGUCCAAAAUGCCAGAUGCCAUCACAAAGACGACAACUACGGGGUUUGCGGUUUACAAGAAGACAGUCCCAGUCAAAUACCAGGAUGGUGGGGCGCGAAAGGAACAGAAGUCGUUAGUCCAGAUCAGUGUCGUGAGUUGGACAAAAGACCUGGUUUGACUUUCGUCAAAUAUCAUUAUCCCGUCAAUUAUUCACAACCUGAUAACGUUGCAAUUAUUAAUGCUACUACGGUGGAUUUUGUGAGUCCAUCGAGCUCUCUACCUCGCGGCGAUUUUUCCAGCGGCGGAGAAAUGGUCGCCCGACUCUUGGGCUUCCUAAGACUUCCGACAUCUUGGCAAGAAAUGCUAAACGUGUGCGUCAGUUACUGCUCAGCUACUUUAACUCUCUCCGAUUAUUUGGUGGCGAAUGUCACGCCCGAGGUGAAGGAUGGAUGCAAAGCUGUUAAACUAGCGGAUAAUUUUAGUUUAGAUAAAAUUCCGGUAGAUUUUAAAUCAAGGAAAAUUGUGAACAUACAAGCGAUAUACAUGCAGCAGAAUAAAAUGGAGUUGUCACAUUACAAGGAUUCCGAGGAGGCUUUCAAAGUUUUCACAUUCGAAUACUUAGAACCUUACGCGAACGGCACAUGUGAACAAUACAAAAACUGUCUCCACUGCCUCACCGACUCCCAAUGCGGCUGGUGCGAGUUGACCAACACCUGUCAAUCUCGUUCGGAAGACGAAAACGUCAGUUGUUCCCUCGACGGCAACUGGAAGUACUUAACAUUACAACCGAGCGCUUGUUCAAACUGUUCGAAUUACAUAUCAUGCGAUUCCUGCAUAGAAUCCAGGUUGUGUGAAUGGUGGAUAGAAGAGGCGAGGUGUCAAAGGAUUGGACAGAGGGUCGACGCUGCCGUAGCGCUGGAACAGUGUCCUGUGCCGUGUCAUAAGAGGACGGAUUGUGGGUCGUGUUUGGAUCAAAAAGGUCGCUGCGUUUGGUGCCAAGCCACCCAGCAGUGCUUCAGUUUCUCAGUGUAUACAAGCGAAUACCAAUUUGGGCUAUGCCGUGAAUGGAUGGAUCAAGCAUUUCCAUUAGUUACCAGACAGGAGAAUGGCAUAUUACCAGUACCAAAAACACAGGAACAAUGUAAAACAUGUUCCAUGCAUUCUAAUUGUUCAACAUGUUUAAGAUCUCUGAGCUGUGGAUGGUGUUUUAAUGCUUCAAACCCUAUGGCAGGUGUAUGUGUGCAAGGAGACUUUAACAAUCCACAUGUCAACUGUUCAGUUGUUUUGAAUUCCCCAGACGCACGUUGGGCAUAUGCGCAAUGUCCUGAUGUCGAUGAAUGUGGCUUAGGACUACACGAUUGCCAUGAACAAGCCAUUUGUACGAAUACUGAUGGAUCUUUUAGUUGUCAAUGUCGAAAAGGGUACAUCGGAGAUGGGCGGAAAACCUGUCACAGGACGUGUUUUAACGUCUGCGUUCACGGUGUCUGUCAAGGAGAACCUGAUUAUUCCUGUAAAUGCGAUUUGGGAUGGUACGGAGAUGAUUGUUCGAAGAAUUGUGGUUGUAACAACCAUUCAACUUGUCCGCAAGGUGAAGGCAUUUGUGAGGAAUGCAUGAAUAACACCCAAGGAGAUUUUUGUGAAUAUUGCACGCCAGGCAGUUACGGAAAUGCAACAACAGAACAAGGUUGUCAAAAAUGUGAAUGUAAUGGUCAUGGAAAUAAGGAUAAAGGAGAAUGCGAUAUGGAAACUGGAAUAUGCUUCUGUGAGGACAAUACCAGGGGCGACCAUUGCGAUCGUUGUAAGUCAAAAUAUUUCGGAGAUCCGAAGCACGGUAAGCAGUGUUACUUCCAAUGUGAUAGAGGUUUCUUACGAGAAUCUUACGGACAAGGGAUCAGUUCAAGACAAGCCUACAUUCCACCAUGGGGUGGAGCGCCUACAAGAGAAUGUUUGUGGAUUAUAAAACCAGAUGUGACAUAUGGAUCGCCGAUUAUACAGUUACAGAUAAAUUCGUCACUAUUGAAUAUAACAUGCGGGGAGAACGCUGUCUACGUUUUUGAUGGUCUCCCGGAACUAUUGGAUAUGGGCAGCCAGAGCCCCCUGUCGGCCGUUUUUUGCACAGAAGAAGCCCUUCCGGUGUCUACUGUAGAAUCUCGAACUGGUCAACUAACAGUUCAUUACAAGCAAGGUCAACCGGGCGAAAGCUUUAAUGCCUUCUACAAAGUGAUCAGUUGCGAUGAUUGCGAACCACCUAGAGAAUGCAAGAAUGGUCAGUGUGUGUGUCAAGAUGGGCUUGUUGGCUUCAAUUGUGAAGAAGUAAUUUGUGAAAAUAACUGCAAUCAUGAUUAUAGUCAGGGAAGCUGUGAUAAAAACUAUGGAAGAUGUUUGUGCGCCGAAGGGUGGACUGGUCCUUCUUGUGACGUAAGGAAAUCAAAUUCUCAAAUAAUAUUUACCGAGCUCUUCAAUACUAUAAAACUCUCAGAUUCUCUGGAACAUUUUCGAAAAACUUUACCACGUUUCGGACACUCUUUGGUAUCGGAUCGUAGAGGAGCUUUGUGGAUGUUUGGAGGAUAUUCUCUAUCUCAUGGUCCUCUAAACGAUGUCCGAUUAUUCGAUACCAAGAAUCUCACUUGGAUGCAAGUUACUAUAGAAUCUACACCAGAUGCAAAAAUGCCGAUGGGGCGGUACUUUCACGGAGCCGAUAUUGGUCAUACACAGACUAUAUAUGUGUAUGGAGGACUGUCAAAGAAGCACAAGAAUUUUAGAAACAGGACUUUGGAUGACUUUUGGCAGUUCGAUAUUCAGAACCAAAGGUGGAGUGAAAUUGAAAAAUCUGACACCUGGCCUCCUUCAGUAUGUGGGCAUACACUCACUUAUCACAAAGCGCAAGAAAGUCUGAUUUUAAUCGGGGGAGUGUCCCCGCAAACCGGUUUUUUAAAUAUGAUUUGGGCUUACAAAUUAAAUAAAGACAAGGAUCAUAAAGAACAGUGGAUUCCGAUGAACACCAGAGGACCGGGACCAUUAGGAAUUUUUGGACAUUCUACUGUGUAUCAUUCUCAAAGCAAUAAUUUAUUUGUGUUUGGUGGGGUGGUGUAUGAAAGGCAGUUAUCUACUACAUCGAAUAAUCUUUAUAUGUUUAGUUAUGAUAAUAGGACUUGGACGUUGUUGACAAGUUUGGAAUCAUCGAUACAUUGGCCUCGGCCAAGAUUCUUCCACUCAGCUGUUACUACUGAAGACUAUAUGAUGAUCAUGGGAGGAAAAAUAUAUCCCUGGAACGAUACAGACACUUUAUAUGCCUAUUCGUAUAAUUGUAAUCGUUGGAUGAACUUAAUGUCAAAUGACAUUGAACGAGUUGGUCCAUUUCCCAUCCAGACGUAUGCCCAAGCAAUGACAGUUGAGCCAGACGGUGACGCUAUUUAUACCAUAGGAGGAUGGGGUAUUGACACCCAGAGUACUGUACUCCGGAUAGAGCUGCCCACUGAUUUAUGUAAUCUCUUGCCUAGAAAAACCACUUGCCUCUACAUGUCUGGUUGUGGAUAUUGCGCCAAUAAAAUUGGAGAAGAUAUUAUUUCUGAACAGUGCCACUCAAAUACAAAGGAAUGUUCAUUGGAGACAGAAGAAAGUGCGUCCCUUAUAACCAACGAAAGUCAAGUAUGCUCCUUGUACAACAUAUAUCAGACCACGCCUAGCAACUGUUCAACAAUACAAGAUUGUACGAUUUGUCUACAAUCGGGCUCAUGCUCCUGGUGUCAAGGAGUGUGUACUAGCGGGACCAACAACUGUAAUUCAACCUUAGCCAGUUGUCCGUAUAAUAAAUGCGCAGCGACUGAUUGUAUACAGUGUCACCAGAUGCCAGGCUGCGAUUGGAGCUACUCCAGACGCCAGUGUAUGUCAGUGACUCAAGAACAAGAAGCGAAUUCGGUAGCCGUUUGUCCCCAACCUUGUAUCAACUACUCAACCUGUUCGGCUUGCCUUGAAGCCCCGGACUGUCACUGGUCAACGCAAUUAGACGAAUGCGUAUCGGAAUCACAUCAAGACGUAUAUUGCGCUGGUGGGGUUUGCGGGUUAGUUCUCCGUCCCCAAGAGCGGCAACACUGUCCGGAACCCUGUAAUACAUUCACGCAAUGUACGAGUUGUUUGAAGCAUGCUCCAUGCGGAUGGUGUGCGAUGCCUGGUUUGAGCGGUGAAGGUUUUUGUACGGAAGGAUCAAAUGAGAGACCCAUGUUGGGUACUUGCAAGGAUGUUUUCAUCGACAAUAAUAAGAAGGUUUUGGAAGUGGAUGAUGGGGUAUUGGAAAACUUAACCUAUUCCUGGCACUAUGUGAAGUGCCCGCCAGAAGAUGAAUGCAAUAAUGGUCAUCACACUUGUGCUAUUGAAUCUGAAAUUUGUGUAGACCUGGAAGAAGGGUUUGAAUGUAAAUGUGGACCUGGUUACAAAGCUGGUAUUCAUGGGUGUGAACCUGUUUGUCCUUUAGGUUGUGUUCGUGGUCAAUGUAUCCAUCCUAAUAGGUGUCUAUGUGAUUUUGGUUAUGUUGGUGCUAAUUGCAGCAUUCAGUGUCAAUGUAAUGGCCAUGCAAAUUGUGAAGGACCUGAUAAGUUGGAUAAAUGUUUGACCUGCCAUAACAACACGAUGGGUGCUCAAUGUGAAAAAUGCAAACCCCUAUUUGUUGGCGAUCCAGCUGACGGAGGAGCUUGUGUAUCUUGUUUCGAAUAUUGCCAUGGGCAUAGUUCUUUCUGCGUUGAUAAUAGUACGGAAAUAGACGCGAAUGAUUACAUAGAUUUAGAAUUUUUGAACAAAACUUUAAAAGAAGGACCGAAAAUUAACGCCAAAUGCUUGAGAUGCGGAAAUCUGACUUCUGGCAUUAGAUGUGAUGAUUGUAUUAAAGGAAAUUUCCGUGGCACUGAAGACCACAGAGAUCCCUGCCGUCCAUGCGAUUGUCACGGCCACGGUGACACUUGCGAUCCCAUUCACGGUGAUAAAUGUAACUGUCAAAACAACACCGAAAGCGACGCUUGUCGAGGAGUGUCGGAUAAAAACUCUGCGCACCCAUGUUGGAUGGUGCAAUGUUCCAAAUGUAAAGAAGGAUAUCUCGGAACACCGACCUCUGGACAUCAGUGUUACAAGCAAAUGCACGUUGAUAAUAAAAUGUGUUUCGAUGCAAAGCCUCUAGAUGAAUGUAAAAUGAAACCAAAUCCCCUCCACCCGGGCGAGGUUGUAUUUUUCGUCAUACAACCUCGAUUCAUGAACGUAGACAUCCGAAUCAUAAUAGACGUGACCCAAGGAAAAUUGAACGUGUUUAUGAGCACCCAUGACGACACUUACGUUGCCCAUCGAAACGGUUCUAAUGGUUUUAUCAACGUCGACAUCGAUAAUAUGUAUGGUCAUUGGGAAAACGGCACUUUAAGGUCGAAAGAUGUUUAUCUGGUGAAGGAAGUGAUGGGGCUUAGAACUUAUAUAACUAUAACACAACCGAAAACUAUAUUGCUGGUGAAGCAUCUGCAAGAUCGACUUGUUAUAACGUUACCCGAGGAAUACCACAGUCUCGAAACUACCCGCUUCUUCCUCGUUCUACAGGCUCUAGAACCCGCCGAUUCUGAAAAAAAAGUCGCUUACGGCAUAGUAUUCUCGCGCCAGGACCAGCUCCAUAUCGAUCUAUUCGUCUUCUUUUCCGUCUUUUUCUCCUGCUUCUUCCUGUUUUUGGCAGCUUGCGUGGUGGCUUGGAAGGCCAAACAAGCGGCGGACGUAAGGAGGGCCAGGCGGCGGCACGUCGUUGAAAUGCUACAUAUGGCUAAGAGGCCGUUCGCCACCGUUACGCUGAAUCUCAGCGCCAGGACCAAACCAAAGAAGUCCGCGCAUUACGAUCUAAGGCCGGUAGCCGUGGAGCCAACGGGUGAUAAUGUAGCAGCGGUUGCCACGGUUUUUGUCAGUUUACCAGGAGGACAGAGUGCAUCCGUGAAAUUAGCGCUGGCAUCUUCGUUGAUAUUACUCGCUAGACAGUUUCCAACCACUGGAAGGAUAUUUUUGAGGAGGCGCUCGAUACACGCGGCGCCUCCGACAUAA